AUGGGCCUGUUCAAAGGGAUAAUGGGUGAAUUCAAUGCUGAUAUGAUCAACUCAUUGUACUAUGAUAAAAAUAUUGCUUCAAUUUCCAUUGAUCGAGAACUAGUUUUGGCUGAAGUUCAGGAAAAUGCACCAAAACAUUUGGCAAGACUAUCCCAAAAAGAAGCUUUGAAAAACAAUCAAAAGUUUGAUUUUGUUUAUGACCCUUCAGGCGGUAUUGGUGUUGAUGUUUAUAUUUUAGAUUCAGGAAUCCAUGCUUUACAUUCUGAUUUUUCUAGAAGAGUGACCAAAAUUGCUGAUUUCACUGGAGAAGGUGGUGGACAAGAAGACUCUGUUGGUCAUGGUAGUUAUAUGGCGGGUGUUAUUGGAUCUGAGACUUAUGGUGUUGCUAAAAAAUCUAAUCUUUUUGAUGUUAAAGUCACCGAUAAAAAGGGAAGAACAAAGUUAUCUGCAGUUAUUGGGGCAUUGAGUUUGAUUCUAGCUGAUUCUAAAGUUACCAAUAGACCAACGUUAGUUGUUGUUCCAUUAAUUAUGAAGAAAAAUGCAAUCUUAAAUGGAGCCAUUGAGAGCCUUGUUAAAGAAGGUAUUCCUGUGAUUGUUCCAGCUGGUAACGAUGGUAAACAGUCAUGUAAUUAUUCCCCAGCAAGUGCCAAAGGUGCUUUAACAGUUGGUUCAAUUGAUGUUGAAACUGAUUCAAUCGCUAGUUUCAGUAAUUGGGGAGCAUGUGUUGAUGUUUUCGCUCCAGGAACCAACAUUAAAACCACAAGUAAUCACAAGAAUGAAGUUGUUACAAAAAGUGGAACCUCAUUAUCAACUGGUAUUACGGCUGGAUUGGUUGCAUAUUUCAUGGGGAUGGGUGAUAGUGGUAAAGAAGCAGUUCAAAGAGUGAUUCAAUAUUCUAACGCUGAUAGUAUUCCGGAAGAAAGCUUGAAUUUCAAGCCAUUAACAGCUAAUAGAAUUGUUUUCAAUUGUGAAGGUAAUCCAAAUUGGGGGCCAUCUUUUUAG